AUGGAAGAAACACAAAAAGGAACGCGCAAAGGGCCGCUGCCUGGGGGUCGCCGGGGCGCGUCUGGAGCUGGCGCUGGACGCGGCAGCAUGCGGGCCGCCAGCCGAGCGCGACGAGCUGCACGGUCAUAUAGCAGCCCUCCGCAUCCAUCAUCCCCACCAGAAGGCUUGGUGUCGGCUGGGUCUUCUCGGGCUCAGCAAGCGGCACCCGCCGCUGGUGGAGGACGUCGCAUGCGUUGGUCACAAGCAAUGAAUGCAAACGCACUGCGGGCGUACUUUAGGGCAAAAGGGGAAGAAACUGGAUGUUUGGCGUAUCGGGCUAGGAUGCAUCGUCUUUUUGCUGAGCUGGAGCCAUCUUUAAUCGUCACAGAGCAAAACCUGGCAGACCGAGUUCGGUAUAACUUGCGCUCAAAUAUAUUUGAUGUCGCCGAACUCGAACGGCUACGACGUGAGGCUGUUCCCUCGUCGGAAUGA